AUGAUACUGUAUGUAAGAAAAUUGGUUUUUUUCAGCUUGAUCAAGAAUACUAACAAGUUAUUAAUGUAAUUAUUUAAAAUAGUGCUCUAGCUCCUUAUAAUGAAUAUUACUAUUUAUACAAUAUUUUUAUUUCUUAGAUAAGUUCAUAAAUAUGAUUAAUACAAAUCAGUAUAGAUGUCAGUUAAAAAAUCCUAGUUGCAAAUUUAAGAUAAAAAAAAAUAACUGAAAGUAAUUUAAAGAUUAUUCAUUUUAGGAGGUAAGCUGGCCUCCUAUGUUGUUGCUUUAAUCAUUGUCUACUGGAUAGGAUUCUUCGACGUCAACCUUAUCCAAGGUGUUUUAGUGGUGUUUCUUAUGAUCUUUAUUAUUAACGAUUCCACACUCUGUAUUUACAAGUAGAAAAAUGACAAGAAUGAAAUUAGAGAAUACGUUGUUCCCUUCUCAUUUAAAUAUUGGAUUGUAUUUUUAAUCUACAUUUGCAUCAUCACAACUUUGAGAUAUGUAUACAUUUUAUUCUUUAUGGGAUAAACAAAAAUUAACGAAGAAAAACAAUGGAUCAUAAGUUUGAUUGGAAUAAAUAAUCAAGAUAAUUAUGACAUUCUAUUUUGGGUCUUAUUUUAUUUUGCAGCUCUUCAAUACGAUUCAUAUAGAUCAAAGAUAUACCUUAAAUAUUCAAAUUAAAUAGUUGAUAUCUUCUUAGCAAAGAUCAGUAAUAAGGAUAAAUAAACUAAAAUAAGAACUACAAUAGAAACUCUCUAUUUGUUGUUUAUGAAAACCAUCAUUUGGAUUACAUUCACACUAAACAUUUGCUUUAUCAUUUUUACACCAUUUUCUUUUGUCAAUCUGGGAUUAUUUGUAUUUAUAGGCGGACUCUUUUUCUAUUAUACAUUUCAAUUCAUAAGAGACAAAGUUAACUACAAUUCAAUGUCCAGAUUUUGGUACUUAUAUUUGUAUGCACUUGUAAUGGCAUUUAUAAUUAGAUAUAUAUUUUAAUUCAUUUGUUUGCCUGAUUACAAUUAAAUUACAGCUUCUAGUCUAGAAGGCCUAUAUAACAAUUUAUAACUAAAAUAUCAAUAAUAUGGAUUCUACUAAUAUAAUUAGAGUAAGCUAAGAAUUGAGUACUUGCCUGAUAUGAUUGCCAUAUUUUUUGGAGCUAUUUCUUUGAACACAUAUCAAUUUUUUAAGUAAGCAUAAAAGAAUAAGUUAAAAUUGGCAUCUAUGACAAAUCAAGUUCCAAAUACAAUAGAAAAGCCACUCUUAUCUGCAGAUUCAUUAUUGGAGCAGUCUGGUUCCAGUGAUGUUGCGAUUACUGAUAAAAUUGAGAAACAAUAAUAGAAAGAUUUAGAGGACUUAGUAAAGAUUAUGAAAAUCAAUAUCUUAGAUGAAUAUAAAUUCCUUCAAAAACCUAUAAUGUUCAUAGCAUAAAUUAAUACAGAUUUACUGACUUUAUAUGUUGUAUUUUCUGUGGUCUUUUUUGUAUAAUCAGUUGCAUCCUUCAUUAUUUUGGUAUUGUAUUUGAGUUAUUUUGUAACUGUUCAUAAUGCAUUACUAGAUAAUGUGGAAGAAAAAAAUUUGUUGGCAAGACUAAAAUAAAAAAUUGUAAGUUUGAAAAAAAAAUAUGUUGAUUACAGUUCUAAAUCCAACGAUCAAAAUGACAAUGAAGAUGAAAUAAAUUUAGUGUAGGCUACUAAUCUUAUCACAAUGACGAGAAUGAAAAUUCGUAUUGAAAAAAAGGUUUCAAUUUGGAAAAUCUCCUUUAGUUUUAGUUGUUUUUGUGUAUUUUUGACCUAUCUAUCGUAAUAUUUAUCUUUAGCCAUUUAAACUGAUAAUGUAGACGCAUAAAAAGGAAUUUUAGAUGCUUAAUUAGGGUUAUAUAUAUUUGGUACCUUUGCUUAAGAACUUUCUGGCGCUUAAACAUGUUUUUGUGGAUAGUUUGAUCCCAGUAGCAGUUGUUAUGGAUCUCUUAAGACUGGUUCAUCCACUAUUUUUGAUGAGGUAUUAUUCUAUUUAAUUCUUGUAUUUGCAAAUGUUGUUGAUGCUGGAUGCACAAUGUUUCUUAAAGAACAACUAGAAAAAGAAUAGGAAAAUAUCUAAUCUUUUGAACAUCAAUUUUAAGAACAAAAAUAAAAAUCUGAAUCAAAAUAAGUCAUUUCAAGAUCAAUGAUUCAUACUUUGAAAGGUAUUCAUAAUCAGGCUGAAGGUGACAGUCCAAUCAAUUUCAUAUAAGAAUAGUAAGAAAUAGAUGAUUAAAAUGAAUUAGAAGAAUUUAAAAAAGAAUAUCCUUUUCUAUCUAUUAAUGUUAUUAAUAAAUACGAUUAACCAUAAGAAUUAAGUUAGGAUGACUUAAAGAAGAUUUAAAUAGCAGCCAAAGAUAUUAAUUAUUAUAAUAACAGAUCUAGAAUAUUUAAAUUGAACCUAACAACUGCAGGGUUUGUGACUUUGCAAAGAGUUUUCAUACUAAUCUUAUUAUUCAAUACUUUAUUAGCUAAUAAUAUAUUUUCUUUAGUAUAUUUGGGAGUAGCUACCUAUUUAUUUUUGUAAAGAACUGGGGCUUCAAAUAUUAAGAUUUUAAAUACAUUCUCAGUAGCUGCUAUUUGGAUCCAAUACAUUAUGAUAUACUUUUUAAAUUAUGAAAUAGAGGAUAAUGAUAAAUUGUUACCUGUCAUGGCUUAGGGUUAUAAUAAAGAUGUAUUUAGUUUAAUUAAGAUGGCUAAAGUUUUCUAAAAUUAUCCAUAUUUCAUUCCCUAUCUUGGUUUUGAUAAUGGACCAAUUAUGGAUUGCUCCAAGUUUGACAAUGGUUCAACCUCUACAAACUCAACCGAAACUACAUUUUUAGAAAGUCAUUAUUGUCUUACCAAUAAUAGUAUUGAAUGGAUCUUUAUCUUAAAUACUCUUGUACUUUCGCUUAUAUAUUUGUAUUUCCUACUACUACAACACUUAUCUAAAUUGAUUUUAACUACAACUAUUAAAAUGGAGUUAGAUCUGUAAUUUACAUAAUCAAUUUUAUAAAAGCUUUACUCAAAGAGCAAAUUUUCUGUCUCUUUAAAUUAUUAAACUUGGAAAAAUCGUGUAUAUUCAACCAUGUCAGGCAUUAUAUAAUAAGUUAUUAAAAUUAACCAUAUUGUUUUUAUUUCUAUUAUCAUAUUAUUGGCUUAGUCAAACAGAAUACUUUUAAACUUUUUUGAGUUUAUCCUGGCAGUAUUGUUUUUAGUUAUUUUUGAAUUUGUGCUAACAUCUAACAGAGAAUCAAAUUUAAGAAGGGAAAGCAUUUAUUUUAAAGUUCUAUUCUACUUAGCUGUAUUUACAAUAUCAAUGUACACAAUUUUGAGGUUGCCAUGGAUUUUGAAUUGGUGUGCUUCUUAAGCAGAGGAAAACUUUAAUCAGGAUUCUGAUUUUUAGAACGAAUUUAUUUGCUUAGAAAUUUUUGAAAUGCGACUCGGAGGAAUGAUCUUUAUAUUAUUCUUCAUUUCACUUCACUUUGAUCUAAUAAAUUCUGAAUAGUUUAUUGAAUCUUUAAAUAAAUUUAUGAUUUUUGAACAAUAAUAAGCAAAAAUGAUUUCAAGGGCACUUGCCUAUCAUAAGAAUUUUAAGAAAUACACUGCCAUUAUUUAAGUCUCAGUAUAAAAAGCACUAUUUAAAAAAACCUAAGAAAAGGCUUAAGAUAAAUUAAAAAUGUGGCAUGCAAAAUUGCUAGAUAAAACUAAAGAUAAAGUCAUAAUGGCAGAUGAAAUACAAUUAGAAUAUUAACAAUAAUCAAAUUAAUAGUAAUAAUAAUAAUAAUUAGAAAAACACUCAGAAUAAUAAGAAUAAUAAUAAUAAUAAUAAUAAUAAUAAUAAUAAUAAUAAUAAUAAUAAUAAUAAUAAUAAUAAUAAUAAUAAUAAUAAUAAUAGUAAUAAUAAUAAUAAUAAUAAUAGUAAUAAUAAUAAUAAUAGUAGUAAUAAUAACAACAACAACAAUAAUAAUAAUAAUAACAAAAAUAUUAAUUUGCUAGUGAAUUAGAAAUACCGAUAAGAAAGGAAAUGGUUAGUUAAUUUUAGGUUGAGUAGGAAGAAAGAAAAAGUGCAGAGAUGCCAGAAGAAAAACUUUUAAAAGAUACUAAAUUUUAGGGUUUAACCAAAUCAUAAAAAUCAUGCAUAGAAAUAAUUGCUUUCAUUCAAUCUUUCAAUAAUAAAUUUAAAUUUAUGAGCUUACCAAAUGUUAUGGAUUAUUUACUAUCCUAAAACAUUAUAUUAAAAAGAAGAGUUUAAUUCUCCUUGACUGAUUUUCUACAAGAAAAUUACCGAUAAUUUGAAGAGGAAUUAUUGUAUAUUGAUUAAUUUUAUUCUCAUUUACACAAAAAAUUAAGAGCUGCUCCAAAUUAAAUAUUGGAUGUCACAACAAUAACAGAUGAGCUAAUCUAGAAAUUAGAAAAAUCCUCAUAUAACAAUUCUAAACUUGGUAGAAAAAUGUAAAAAAUUAUCUCAUCAAUGAAAUUGACCUCAAAAUUAUCAAAAUAAGCAAUGCUUCAGUCUAAUUAUUCUAUAUCUCCAUAAAAACAAUAAUAAGGUUUUGAUGAAGAUAUUAGUUAUGAAAACUACAUUAAAUCAACUGAUUUGUAUUUUGUAAAGAUAGUAGAUGACAAAUAAUUAAUUUUUGUCGAAAAUACCAAAUAUUCAUCAGCUCUUACAAAACUAUCUUUAAGCAUUCUUAUUUUUAGAAUCAUUACUGAAAUAUUUAGCUUAAUAAUUACAUAUUGGAUGCCAUUCUGCUUUUUGCUUAUAAUUUUUUACUAUUUAGUAGACAGUGGACUACUAGGUGGUGUGUUACCAUUUAUGUUAUUUUUAUGGAUCUUGAUUGAUGAAAAAGUGUAAUCAAAAUUAUUCUGGAUAAUUGCAUUCACAAUAUAUUUCUUCAUAUCUAUGUUGGUAUUUGCUUAUUCAUUAAGUGGAGUAGUAGAAAAGCAAUAUCAAAAAAGCAAUUACGGAAAUAAAAUGGCUUGGUACUAUCCUCUUUAUAAUGGAAAUCAAAGUAUUUCAUAUGAAGUAAUGCUAAUGAUUUUCAUUAUCUUUUAAGUUUAUUUUGCAAAGCAAUUUGGAGUAUAUUAUAAGAGCUUAUUAGAUAUUGAAAAUAUAUUUUAAGGAUAUUUGAGGAUGAAAAUCAAUAAAUUUACAAAAUUUAUUAAGAAAUCUAUUAUUGAGAAAUAAAAUCUGUCUAAAUCGGACGAUUAAGAUAAAUUAGUAUUUGAAGAAGAUUUAUAUGAUCUACAAAAUUAGCAAGAGGAGAAUAACUAAUUUUAAUUGAAAGAAAGCAUUGAAAUAGAAAAAAGAAUAAUUGAUGAUCCAAAGAUUUUGAUAUAAGAUUCUUCGAAUUUAUUUGAAAGAAUAUUUUCUUACAGAUUUUCAAGACCUGGUGUUGACUUGUAUCCAAUUACAGCAAGUAUCUAGAUUUUAAUAUUAAUUUACACUCUCAUAUUUUUUACCAAUAUGGUUAAUGAAUCAAUAAAAAUCAACAACAUUUUGAAAACUAAUUAAAUACCAACAUCUUUAAUAUGGGCAUUGUUAGUUGAAUUCAUAUUGAUGUUUAUAGAAAGAUACAUAACAAUGAAAAGCAAUGCAGAUGUUAUAGAUAGUGACAAUAAAAAACCAUCCUUUUUUUAGAAAUAUAAACUCUAAUUUUUUUUGAAAUUCCUCUUAUAAUUAUGCACAGUAAUUUUAAUCUAUUGGUUGAUUUUCUUAAGAUUAGGGAAUCCCUGGGGAGAAAAUCCAAUUUAUGAACAUGAUUCUACUUCAGCAGCAUCAUAUUCUAAAUAUAAAUCAAAUGGUUACAUUGAAUGUUUUUUCAUCUUAUACUCAGCAUAUUUUACUGUAUCUGCACUUUAGUUGAGAUAUGGUUAUAAAAAACUAAAACUUAGAAACACUUUAUUGUAAUCAUAUAAUAUGAUAUCCUACGCAAUAGCUUAAACUUACUAUUCAAUUCCAUUUUUAUUUGAACUCAAAGUACUAAUGGAUUGGACAUUCCUUAAAACCUCCUUAGAUGUGUUUUAAUGGUUCACUUUGGAAGACAUUCAUGGAAUCAUGUAUUUUACAAAAAAUAAAUCUAAAGAUUAUUUAGAAAAACCAUUAGGAAAAAGGAUUUCUAAGUUUUAGAAAUGCACUUGUGGUUGUUGUUUAGUUUUAGUUAUUUUUGCUUGCAUUUUUGGUCCUUUGAUUCUGUUCUCAAGUUUAAAUCCAGCUUCAGAACUGAAUCCUGUUCGAGGAGGGGAAUUCUCACUUUCAUUGAUUAACACUAAAACAGCCCUAAAUGUUGUUUUAUAUUAAACUAAUUAAUUUUAUGGAUUAGAAAACACCUUACAAAAUCAAUAAGAGAUUGACACAACCUUAAAUUAACAUUGUACUAAUUCAAUAAUUAAUAAUGCACCAAAAUCAGGAGAAUUAUAAUAAUUUUAGCUAUUAAAUUUUUCAAAUACUAAUUGGGAUAUAUCCUAUCCAUUAUACUAAUAAUUACUAGAAUAACUUAAUGAAACAAUAAAUGGAUCAGUAGCUCAUGAAUUUUUCUUUAAUGUAUCAUUCAUCUUUACGAGGGAUUAAUAAAAAAUCAUCCCAACCAAAAAUUACUUUUAAUAUCCUGGAAGUGGAAAUGAAUAUUUAAAAGAUCUUCCGGGGUAGAAUGAAACCUCUUUACCAAAAUCAAUUUUAUCAGAUAUUUCUUCAUUAUUGCAAUGUAAGAAUAGUCCAGAAUCAAAAAAUCCACUUUAAAUUCCUUUAGAGAACCUCUAUAUUGAGACUGUGCAAUUAUACUCCGCUGAUGGAACUUCGUUCAAAUCUAAACCUAUUUAUCUCGAUGGAGUUAAUAGUGUUGCAAAUGCGAACUUAUCAUUCUUUUGUUCUGGAACAUCUCCUUUGGAUGGAUAAUCUUGGUGGACUCUUGUUUAUUCUGGUAAAGCAUGUUUGUUGGAAACGUGUGGAAAAGAUCCUAAAAAAGAUUAGCCUAAUGGUUUGAUUAUGUUUGUAGUCUCAGAUACGUUUUCAACUCUAACUCAAGGAUUUAGCAUCAUAACAAUUUAUACAUCAGUUAUUCUACUUAUUGGAUCUUUUAUUCGAUCAUUUUUUUCAGGGCAAAUUUGGAUGCUUGAAUUCAAAGGGAUGGUCCAUCCUGAUGAUUUGAUUAUGAUUUGUCAAGCUAUUUCUAUUGCUAGAUCUCAAAAAGAUUUCAAGAGUGAAAAUAUUUUAUACUUUGAACUGGUUGAUAUUCUUAGAUCCCCGGAAAUUGUUAAGGUAAUGACUGGAACUUGGACUGAAGAACUUAAAAAAAAGGAAAAUGAAAGAGAACAGUAAUUGUAGUUAGAAAAAGAAGAACAAUAAAUAUUACUAUAAUAAUAAGAUAAAUAACAAUAACAAGCAUAGAAUAAUAAUGGAUAAAAACUGAAAUAAGAUUGA